ACCGUAUGCUACGUCAGAAGUAAAUACUGCCUUCUAGUCCACAUCUAGCUAGCUUCCCGUGAAGAAAACAUGGCUUUUACACUGUACUCUCUCAUUCAAGCAGCAAUUCUGUGCGUCAAUGCUGUCGCUGUAUUGCACGAAGAGAGAUUUCUGAGUAAAAUCGGCUGGGGAGUCGAUCAAAGCGUCGGAGGCUUCGGGGACGAACCGGGCGUCAAAGUGCAGCUAAUGAACCUGGUCCGCUCCGUGAGGACGGUGAUGAGAGUGCCGUUGAUCGCAGUGAAUGCAGUCUGCAUCGUGCUGCUGCUUCUGUUCGGAUGAGGAGCAGUGAGGUCGAGACGGACCGGUUUUGCCGUCGGGAGGAACAUCUCCAUCAGCUCAGGAAACGUUCUGCAGAAACAUUGGAUCGCGUCGACUCUCGAAAUGUCUCCCGUCAGCCUGAAUGUGAAUAUUAUCAUUUAAUAUUCCACAUCAACACAUGGGAUAUUUGUCAAGGCUUGUUUUGUACAGCACAGCAACUUAAUAGCACAAUAAAAUGCCGAAUACGAAACCCUUAAUUUGCCUGUGAUUUAAAUAUCGAUAUGAAAAAUAAACGUUUCCACAUAUUUCUGAGUAAAAUAUAACUUUCACAUGGCAGCCGACUGUAUGCUAUAUGCAAUGUAUACGUUGAAAAAAUGUAAAUGUAUUAUUGUAUACCUGCUAUGAAUGUUGUAAUGCUUGCAAAGAAAUAUAUUUGUGAAAACUCUGAA